AUGGCCCGGCGAGCCGCGGUGGCUAGCAUCAAUCCGAGCACAUCGUCGGACAAUCACGGUAAAAUUAUCGCGGCGAUCGCAGAUGAUCCCCGUUUGGUUCGUUUCUACUUGGACCUUUGCCAGUCCACAUCAUCGAAGCGCACAGCGCCGUCAGAAGAUUCAAAACCUGCUCGACGUCAACGUUUGCACGCGCCAUCGGAAUUACUGUCGUUUCCUGGCUCUGAAAACCGUCCAUCAAAGCAUCCAUUUGCUCCAACGACGACCCGGUUACUGAUUCACGGUAUGAUCACCGCACCGGAGUAUGCAGCUCGUGGUCUGUCUGUCCUGCACUUCAAGCGCUUCGAUUUUGCGGCUCGGCGCGCUUGGUAUGCGGAUGGAUCGGUCAAUUUGAAAACCUUCACCGCCUCGGUGGCGAUGCCGAAGGUUGGAAAAGCAGAGGCGAUCGACGACGUGGCCAACGCUCUCACAGUCCUGCAUUUGUUUGCGGAAGAAUUCUUCGACACUCAUACGUGCCGUCUUAUCAGUGGUGCGCGUGAGUUUAUGGAGGAACUCCGUGAAUACUGUCAAUGGAACUCCCAAGAUGUUGGGACUAUUGCGUUCUGGCUGGAUCGCGUCCUGGAAGACUACCGAGCAGCGACGGAAGUUGAUGCCCGUCUUGGCUCCGCUACCCGUACGAAGCUUCGUGACAGACUUUCUCUCAAAGACUCUGACCUUCAGAGCGCUCUGUACAUUAUCCAGUCCGAACGAGUCGCUGCUUUGCUGAAUCCAGCAACUCGCCAAGGCAAGCCUACCCACCAGGGUCGGCACGAGGGUCCUCGACGCCACGACUUCCAACGCAAUGGCAGAAAACCCCCGGAUGAAGUGAUUGAGGCGCUUCCACGAAAGGGUCGCCAAACUGUUUGCAUGAAGUACUUAUCCUCAGGCGGUUGCGUCUCAAAAAGCGAGGAACGGUGUGCAUUCCCGAACCACGCCCAUUUCCUACCGACAGAGCUACCUUCCGUCGUGCGAGAUCAUAUCACCCAGCAUCUCGGCGGGAUCCGUGCCGAGCUUCGGCUAUGA